UUUUUUUUUUUUUUUGCCUCCGGCCGGGUCUGGGAAGAGAGUCUGCGGUUCUACAAAUCCCAGCCUUGGUGGAUGUUGUUUCACUGGUGAAGAAAGAAAAGUUUUGGGGUCUGGUGGGGGCGGAAGGGGUAAGGAGGAUAGUGGAGAAAAGAAGGUGGAUGGUUGGUUUCCCUCUCUGAUCUGGAAGGAAUGAUGACCGUGGAAGGAUGUGCACCAGCGGCCAGAUUAUUGGGAGCCUCUUGGUGCUCUCUGUACUGGAGAUAGGGCUGGGGGUGUCCAGCGUGGCCGUGGGGGCGGUCAGCUUCAGCCUGGCCCUCCGAGAGCACAAGCCGCAGCUGGGAGACUCGUCCCCGGUAUGGAGCGGGGUGUGUUUUCUUCUUUGUGGCAUAUGUGGAAUACUGUGUGCCAAAAAAAAAUCUGGACUGGUCAUGAUCCUCUUUUCUGCCUGCUGUAUCUGUGGACUCAUUGGGGGAAUCCUGAAUUUUCAGUUCCUUCGGGCAGUGACAAAGAAGACCUCUUCCCUUUACCCCCUGCAUCUUGCCUCCAUGUCUCUUGCGUGCAUAGGGAUUGGUGUCUGCACCCUUUCUUCAUGGCUCACAUGUCGACUUGCCAGCUAUGAACAGAGGAGGAUGUUUUCGGAAAGGGAGCAUUCCUUGCAUCACUCCCAUGAAAUGGCUGAGAAAAGAUUGAGGGCUAUUGAAAUAACCGACUUGCCCAGCUGUCCGGUGGUGCCCCCGACACCAGAGUUACCUACAAGGAAAUGACAGACAACAUGAGCAAUGGAGGACCACAACUGAUAUUUAAUGGAAGAGUAUAAUCAAUGUUUUGAAUAACUGAACAUUUUAUACCAUUUUCAAAUACCAAAGGAUUAGGAAAAAUACUAAACACUUCUUGCAUUUGCUGUUAUCUCUUCUGAGCAAACACUAAAAUUAUUCUUUUUCAAUUUUGCCUCACUUAUUUCCUUGAUAUUUUUUAUUGGGUGAAACUUUCCAGAAAUGCUCUAGAACAGAAAUUUCAACAGACUUUCCUGAUUGCUCUAUGGAAAACAUAUCAGAAAAGUGAAACAAAACAGAAAGAUUCAUAUUCUAUAAAACACUAUUUGAUUAGCAUGAGUGUUAGAUUUGUAAUGACAUGUUUCAUAUAAGUAAAUUAAAAGUGCAAAUAUCAAGAAAUAAUUAUAACUUAUUGAUGUCUUUGUUUUGAAAGACGAUGGCUUCAGGAAUGCCACAAUAUAAAACCUCAGCAAUGCCUUGUUAUAAAAACACUGUAAUUAUUUUCAAUUUGUGAAUGAACUAUAUUUCAUAAUUUAUUUGUAAGCAACAUAAACCUAAAGCAUAAACAAGUGAUUUUUUUAGAGAGAGACAAUAUUAAUCUGUAUGAUAUUUUUGCAUUUUUGCACAGGAGUGAGAAGUUGUACAUGCAUAUCAUUUAAGGAAAAUAAACAUGUUUCAAUUAUUUACUAUGCAGAUUGAUCUGCAUUUUAUUGAAUGAGCAGAAGAAUAAAAGUGUGUAUGUGUAUAUACCACUGGAUAUAUAGAAAAUAUAUACAACAUAUAUUUGUAGCAUUCAUAAAUGUACAGAGGAAGUAGAAAAGAAAUUUGUGAUAUUGUGGGGAAUAUUUUCAACAUACUGUCCCCAUAGAGACGGGAAAGGCUUUUUAUUUAAUGCCUAUAAAAUAAAAAAUUUUAUUUCCUCCAUUUGCUCAUUUUAAAUUUUAUUUUAUUAUUUCUUCUAUUUUUAUUUAGAUUCUGG